AUGGAUUGGUUGUCUAUCUACCAUGCUUGUGUCGACUAUUUCUGCAAGGAAGUGGUGUUCAGACCAUCGGGAGAGGCAGAAUUUAAACUUCAAGGGAAUUGGGGUAUCAAUCUACCCAAGUUGGAAUCAGCAGUGCAGGCGACCUGGCUAUUGAAGCAAGGGUGUUCGGGAUUUUUGGCUUGUGUGAAGAAAGAAGUAGCAGAGGCAAAAAUUGAGGAGAUACCUAUCGUACAAGAUUUCGUAGACGUAUUUCCAGAGGAGCUACUUGGAUUACCUCCUGACAAAGAGAUCGAAUUUACCAUAGACCUAUUACCAGGCACGAGACCUAUAUCCAAGGCACCCUGCCGGAUGGCACUGCUUGAACUCAGAGAACUGAACGAACAACUGCAAGAACUCCUAGACAAAGGAUUUAUUUGUCCAAGUGUAUCCCCUUGGGGAGCGCCAGUUUUAUUUGUUAAGAAAAAGGAUGGAUUGAUGAGGUUAUGCAUCGACUACAGAGAACUGAAUAAGGUCACAGUCAAGAAUAAGUACCCGCUACCAAGAGUCAAUGACCUUUUUGAUCAACUACACGGCUCUCAACUAUUUUCCAAGAUUGACCUACGGUCUGGGAAAGCAAAUGUGGUAGCCGACGCCCUCAGCAGAAAGGCGACAACAAGUGGAGUGGCAGCGAUGUUCACUACUUGGAAAGAGUUACUCCUGGACAUGGAUCGGGCAGGCAUUGAAUUGGCAAUAGAAGGAGUGCAAUCCUACCUUGGUAAGUUAACUUUGGAACCAACUCUACUAGAGCAGAUUAGAGUUGCCCAGCUUACAGACGAUGAGUUGAUUAAGAUCCGAGAGGAAGUUGUUAAAGGUCGACGAGAAGAUUUUAGCAUUUCUGAAGAUGGAGCGAAGUACCAAAACCGUUUAUGUGUACCUAAGGAGGACAACCUGAGAAAGGAAAUCUUAAUAGAAGCUCACCAAUCAUUGUAG